ACUUCCGAUCCUAAAUCGUCAUCUCCGCUUGCCGUGGAAACGACACGAAUCAGCAGUCACGCAGGAUGAUGGCCAUGAACGCUGGACAGGAGACCAGAGGAACAAGCGUCAAGCCUCCGUCCGGGUUUUGCUCUUUGGAUGACGUAACUGACUGCUGAUUUUGAGGGCGUUCAGCGUCGACCGUCUUUGCUGCAGUGCCGCCGCGAGCCGCGAGAUGGCGGCCGCGGGGCGUGUCCGGUAGCUGCCGUACAAGAAUCGCAGAAGAAGAAAAGGCGGAAGUCAGCCUCGCUUCCAGACGGCACGAGAACAAAAAAAAAAAAAAAAAAGGCGACGAAGUGAAACCGUCGCGAGUCGUCGGAAACCAAAACGUGAAAAUGUUGAAAGAUUUGGUGAGGGAGCGCCUAAUCGCGGCCGCCGACGAAAUCUUCGAAAUGUUUGAGCGAACGAUCGCGUCGUACGAGGAGCAACUUUGUCGCGCGAGAGACGAGAGCGAGCGACACCGACGACGACUGCGAGAUGUUUGCAGCAAUCCAAAUGUCGUCCGCGUCCGAGAAGAAGAGAGGGGCCAGGCGACCCCCGUCAAAGAGGAAGAGCAGGAGCCCGACGUCAGCUCGUUGCCGCUGACCGUCGUCGUCCUGAAGAGCGAAGACGACCGAGACGACGCGCCCGGAGGACGCCCGCCGGCGGACGGGCUCUUAGCGCCGCUGUCGGACGGCGACGACGCGGAAGCGGGCAAAGAACGCUACGGCUGCUCAGUUUGCGGCAAAAGCUUUUCUCACAAGUGCAAUUUGCCCACGCACAUGAAAACGCACACCGGAGAGAAAAGUUUUUGCUGCUCAGUUUGCGGUAAGAGCUUCUCUCAAAAGUCGCACAUGAUCUCGCACGGCAGGACGCACACGGGAGAGAAACCCUUCCGCUGCUCAGUUUGCGGUAAACGAUUCUCGCAGAAGGUGCACAUGGAAUCGCACAUGAAGACGCACACGGGAGAAAAACCGUUCGCUUGCUCCGUUUGCGGCGAUAGCUUCUCUCUCAAGUCGAUCAUGGUGUCGCACAUGCGAAUACACGCCGAAGGGAAAUCCUUCGCUUGCUCCGUGUGCGGUAAGAAAUUUCCUCAAAGGGUGCACAUGGAGUCGCACAUGAGAACGCACACGGGAGAGAAACCCUUCACUUGCUCACUCUGCAGUAAACGCUUCACCUGUAAGGGCAGUUUGAACGUGCACAUGCGCACGCACACGGGAGAGAAGCCCUUCAACUGCUCACUUUGCGGUAAAAGUUUUCCGUACAGAAACAGUUUAAAUGCGCACAUGAAUUCACACAGCGGGGAGGAGAUUUUGGCCUGCGCCGUUUGCGGCAUGACAUUCGCUCAAAAGAGAACUUUGACGGCGCACAUGCGGUCGCACGGCGGAGAGUGAACCUUCGCCUGCCGACUUGAAGCUCACCCCUUGACUGCCGGCCGUUUUCAAAGCAUUUGGACUGAUCCUUCGAGGCCCACAAAAUACGGUGUCCUGUGACGAGAUCAGCGCAGCAUCUACCCGAAGAGUAGACCGCAAACGUCUGUGUCUAGCUUUUCCCAUUCUUUAGUAACGAGCAGCAGAACAUGGCCUCGUUUCAGCCCAAAUCGCAGAUACUGACCCAAAACUGGAGCAAGCGAGCUCUUUGUGAAAAGAAACAGCAAACACAAGAGGGAUAUUUGUUGCUUUUGUGACAACUCAAACUAUCAAACAACAACAACAACAGGACCGGAAAAGGUUUUGCAUGGCAAAAUAAUCAUUUCGGUAUACAACUAAGAAACUGAGCCAGCGCAUGGCUGGAGUUGAACGUCAGCGGCAUUUUUAUUAGAAUUGUUUUAAUAUACAUGGCUGCCGCUCGCCAUUUACCGCAUGAACUUUUCUCAGCGUUGUGACGCGCAUGCUCUACUACCGAGCGCCACACACGCACUGUUUAUGCUAGGUCUCGGACUCGCCGACUAAAUCCCGAUUCACUCUUGGCAUUAGCACUAACGAAUUACCAGCGACUCACAAUCGGGUGGUUACCGCUUGUAUUCUUCUGACAUAAGACACGUCAUUGUCCAACAAAUGAAAAAUAUCAUUAGAUUAUUUGAAAAUGAUCUAUAGGUCGCUGCUUAAGUCCCGGUCACAGUUUUUUGAAGUCUUUACACCGAUCUGAUCGAUAUCGGCCGAUAAUUAGCAUUUUAUGCUAAUUCAUCAUUCGCCGAUCCGAUCAAUGACAUCAUCGAUCGGCUCGGCAAAAGAUAUUGACUCCGCGUCGCCAUCGAGCGCAGUAUAUUUGAAUCCAAAAGCUAGUUUAUUUGGAACCUUUUGACGUAGUACUGUCAAUAUGUGACGGCCAAUGAAGUUAUUAUUAUGAUUUUUUUGUGGGACAGACCACACGUGAUGCCCGGCCAGAUCAGACGACAAGACAAAUUUGCUCUUUCACGACUGCACCGUGUCAGACGACUGCAAUCGAAUCUUGUAUUCCGAUACCACCGCAUCCCGUUUUUUACGAUCGCUGGGCUUCAUCUUAUCGAGCGGAUACACUUGUUACCGUGGCGACGGUAACAAGGAUCAUCGCCUCCCACCGUGGGGGACCUGGGUUCAAGACCCCGACCGGACCGUCCGCCGACAUCCUCCUGGACUCACGGCUGUGGUGUCCUUGAGCGAGACGCCGAUACCCCGAAAUGCUCCCCGGGCGCUUCAGCUGCCCCCCUGCUCCGGUGUGUUCACUGUGAUGGGUAAAAUGCACAGAACACAUUUUGUGUGCGUGCGUGCGUCCAUGUUCAUGACAAUAAAGGUGAUUCUUCUUCUUCAAGCAGGCAACGAAACGUUAUGUAGCCUAGCAAGCUAGCGGCAUAAAUAGAGAAAAAGGAUACAUUAUUUCUUGUCAAUGGAUCCUUUUUGGAGCACUUAAGUAAAAUGUGAUAUUUUCCCCCAGAAGUCUGUGAUUGGUUGUCAGUUAAUUGGCCACUUCCUGGUUCAUGAAGGAUGACGAGCAGAUGGGAUGUGCUUAAGUGACUUUGGGGGCGCCAUUUGUACCAUUGUAACGCCAAUGGUAAAACAAUACAUGAAAUAUGUUUCUAUAUUGGUUAUUGGCUAACUAUUUGCAAUGUGAAAAUGGUUUGUUCGAAAAACAAAACUUACGGUGACCUAAGAAGACUUGUGCAGUGCAUACAGUACAGUGUGUGUGUAUGUAUGUAUAUAUGUAUAUAUAGUUUUUUAUGUUUGUGCUGAACACAUUCUAUACAUUAAAGACAAUUCUGAUCUUU